GGAUUGUGACAAAUGUGUAGUUUUACAAAUAGGAAGAUUGUUUGACAACAUGUCGCUUGAAGCAAGAGCGGCGGCGAUAGAGCUGAAGAGGCUCAUCCUACAGACUUACCCGUUUGGAUGCGGCAUUCUCCGAUUGUUGACACCCUGUCCCUGAAGAGGAAGCCGGUCGCUUGACAGGUUCACACUGGUCUUUCCAUCCAGGGACCACCGGAAAUAUGGAAGUAACUGCAUAGGCUGCAAGCCGAGCAAAUCUCUCAAAAUGAUCUACCCAAGAUAUCCACCUAUGACCGAAGGGACUUGCGAGCUGUCUACUGCCCAUGGCUUUCUCGGACACCAUCAAGGCACCAUGCUCACUCAGCGAGAAUACAAGAUAGUUAGCCUACACUUGUUUCCUCAUUGAGGUCGCCACCGUUGGUAUGCUUGUCGGCUGUUCGUCGCUUGGAGCAUUUUGCAGGCAUCUGUGGCGAGUGUCAUGCGUUGGACCUUGUGACUUCAUGAUAGACGUAGUCGAACUAAAUCCCUGUCUGUAGAUAAAAUAGUGCAUUCAAUGUUGGAGGACGGUUGUCUUGCUGUCGCUAUGGUACAGCGCCAGGUUGUACUGGUACAAGCUGCGCGUUCUCAUACACGACGGGAUAGCCUUCUCGACGUACACAUCUUCAUCCCAUUCGGACCACGGUCUUUCCUCAUUUCACCCGUACCACAAGCUCGAAUCUCGCCUAGAGAUCUGCUCACAAUUUUCGUCGCCCAGGACCUCAUGGCAAAACCUACACAGGGUCUCGUGGAACUCUCUACCAAAGCCUAUGCAGAAUUCGUGGAGUUAAGUGGCAUGAUGCAGAGAAAAUAUGAGAAGAUAUUUUCACUUUGGUCAGCGGCUGCGGGUGGAUCUGGUUCGCGGCAUUAGCGUGAUGUCUUCCGACCGAGAAGAGGGAUGGAGCACAUGUAGACCGUAUGGCUCCAGUGAGAUUUAGCACUCUGUUGUAACUCUAUCAUGUAUCGCCAUUUGCCUCCCCUUUACCCUAUGUAUUUUUACUUAGGUUUCAUAUUACACCUACAGAUUGGUCCGACAGUACGAUUUGCUCUUUGCCAUGCGUGUAUACUUGGUUACUAAGUUAUUCUAAGAAGACCUUAC